AUGGAGGACAUUGCUGUACCCACGAGCUGGUCUGUGCAAUUUAUUACAGCACUGGUUUUCCUGUACGUCCAGCUGAAGGUUUUCAAGAGUGUAAGAUAUACGGGCGGGGAACGACCUCCUGGGACCCCAUCGUUGCCAUUGAUUGGACAUUUCCAUCACCUUUCAUUCGGGAUGCCUCACCACUCCCUCGCCACAAUCGCUGAAAAAUAUGGACCCAUAGUGUGGCUGGAACUGGGAGCUGUAAAUGUUGUGGUUGUAACUUCUUCGGAUGUGGCCAGGGAGAUUUUGAAGAUUCAAGAUCACAUAUUUGCGUCUCGCCCUUCGGAGGUUAUGGUAGACAUGGUGUUCAAGAAAGCUCAGGAUCUAAUAUGGAGUCCUUUGAAUGACCACUAUCGUCUAGCCCGGAAAAUGUUUACCACAGAACUUCUUUCACAAAAGCGGAUGGACUCAUUUCAGGUACAAGUCCAAUUGAUUGGAAGUCUGGUCACAUAA